UGUGUACCUAUCGAAAGUGAUCAUAAACUUUUGCCUUAAAGAAUUGUUAGAUAUGACCUACUAUAUCUCAUAAAUCAUCUUAAAAUAUCUGCAGAUCCACACGAUUUUCAAAAAGGUCUUUGAAAAAGCCACCUCGAUAUAGAACUACUUCGAGCGAAGAGGAAGUAAGAGCUAAAAAGACUAAGCGUAUUAAUGAAGAAACAGCGAAGAACAAAGUUUCAUCUGUUAUGCAGAAUAUCCGUACUACGUUUCAAAAUGUUUCAAAUAAUACUGAAGAAAACACAGUAUGCAAUUUUGCACAAGCUAUGCACCGAAAAACUGUUAAUAACUUUCAUUCAGUUAAUGCGAAUAAUACAAGUAUUCCGUCACGACAAUUCAGCAUUAAUAGAAAUAGUUCUCAACGUAAAAUCCUGCAAGAAUCAAACAUUAUAACAGAAAACAUUAGACAACCAGCUGUUCAGCUAGAAGACUCAAAUCAUACACAAGAGGUGGAAAAUACAGUAUCAGUUGAACCACUUCAAGAGGAAAACAAUGCACCAUUACUGAGACAAGGAAAUGAUGUACAAAUUGAAAUACUUCGCGACAUACAGCAGAAAAUACAAGGAAUAAAUAGGCGAUUGGAUUCGCUAGAAGAA